CCGCCGGUUCGGGCGGACUCGGCGCCCGCCGGCCUCGCUCGCUCCGGUAACGGUCGGUGCGGGUUCAAAUGAGCCGCGGCCGGGCCGGGCCCCGCCGGGACUCGUUCUGAGCUGGGCCGGCACCGGCGCCGCCACCGGGACCGCCCCCGCUCGGGCUCGGCGACCAGGAGGCGGAGGCCGGGGAGAGCAGGAUGACGGUGCUGCAGGAACCCGUCCAGGCUGCUAUAUGGCAAGCACUUAACCACUACGCCUACCGUGAUGCCGUGUUCCUGGCAGAGAGGUUGUAUGCAGAAGUACACUCAGAAGAAGCACUGUUCUUACUGGCAACGUGUUACUACCGCUCAGGAAAGGCCUACAAAGCUUACAGGCUCCUCAAGGGACACAGCUGUACCACCCCCCAGUGCAAAUACCUGCUUGCAAAAUGUUGUGUGGACCUCAGCAAGCUUGCAGAAGGAGAGCAGAUCUUGUCUGGUGGAGUGUUGAAUAAACAGAAAAGCCAUGAUGACAUUGUUAUGGAGUUUGGGGACUCUGCUUGCUUUACACUCUCCUUACUGGGACAUGUCUACUGCAAGACAGACCGGCUUGCCAAAGGAUCAGAAUGUUACCAAAAGAGCCUUAGUUUAAAUCCUUUCCUCUGGUCCCCUUUUGAAUCACUCUGUGAAAUAGGUGAAAAGCCAGACCCUGACCAAACAUUUAAAUUAACAUCCUUACAGAACUUCAGCAGCUGCCUGCCCAACACUUGCACGACGUUGGUGUCCAACCACAACAUAUCCCACAGGCAGCCCGAGAGUGUCCUCAUGGAGACGCCCCAGGACACCAUUGAGCUGAACAGAAUCAACUUAGAAUCCUCCAAUUCCAAAUACUCCUCCUUGAACUCGGAUUCUCCCGUGUCUUACAUCGACUCCGCUGUGAUUUCAUCGGAUCCUGUCCCCCUGGGCUCAGGAACUGCCAUAUUGGCCAAACAGGCUCAGAACAAACCAAAAACCGGCCGCAGUUUACUGGGGGGACCUGCAGCUCUGAGCCCCCUGACUCCCAGCUUUGGAAUUUUGCCACUAGAAACCCCAAGCCCUGGAGAUGGAACCUAUUUACAGAACUACACCAACUCCUCCUCUGUAAUCGAUGUGCCAUCCACCGGAGCACCUUCAAAGAAGAAACUCUGUGUUGUGCAGACUGUCAGCAGGAUAAGCCAGGCUGGAACAAAAUCUGUCUUCUCCCAGAGUGGGAACAGCCGGGAAGUCACUCCAGUCCUUGUUGCACAAACACAGAGCUCUGGUCCCCAGACAAGUACAACACCUCAGGUAUUGAGCCCAACCAUUGCUGCUCCUCCAAACUCACUGCCUCGAAGAAGCUCUCGCCUGUUUACCAGUGAUAGUUCUACAACAAAGGAAAAUAGCAAAAAGUUAAAAAUGAAGUUUCCACCCAAGAUCCCGAACAGAAAAACAAAAAGUAAAACAAAUAAGGGAGGAAUAACUCAACCAAACCUAAAUGACAGUUUGGAGAUCACCAAACUGGACUCUUCCAUCAUUUCAGAAGGGAAAAUUUCCACUGUUGCACCACAAAUCCAAGCUUUUACCCUCCAGAAGGCAGCAGCAGAAGGUUUGAUGAGCCUCCUGCGGGACAUGGGCAAAGGUUACUUGGCCUUGUGCUCCUACAACUGCAAAGAGGCCAUCACCAUCCUGAGCCAUCUGCCCUCCCACCACUACUACACGGGCUGGGUGCUGUGCCAGAUUGGCAGAGCCUACUUUGAGCUGGCAGAGUACAUGCAGGCCGAGAGAAUAUUUUCAGAAGUCAGGAGGAUUGAAAACUACAGAGUGGAAGGCAUGGAGAUCUAUUCCACCACCCUCUGGCACCUGCAGAAAGACGUUGCCCUCUCGGUUCUUUCCAAGGAUUUGACGGACAUGGAUAAAAACUCACCGGAGGCCUGGUGUGCUGCAGGGAACUGCUUCAGCCUCCAAAGGGAGCACGACAUUGCAAUCAAGUUCUUCCAGAGGGCCAUCCAGGUGGAUCCAAACUAUGCCUAUGCCUACACCCUGCUGGGCCACGAGUUUGUGCUGACAGAAGAGCUGGACAAAGCCCUGGCUUGUUUCAGGAACGCCAUCAGAGUCAACCCCAGGCACUACAACGCCUGGUACGGGCUGGGCAUGAUUUAUUACAAGCAGGAGAAAUUCAGUUUGGCAGAAAUGCAUUUCCAGAAAGCACUUGACAUCAACCCUCAGAGCUCGGUCCUGCUGUGCCACAUCGGAGUGGUCCAGCAUGCACUGAAAAAAUCUGAGAAGGCUUUGGACACGUUGAACAAAGCCAUCAACAUCGACCCCAAGAACCCACUAUGCAAAUUCCACAGAGCUUCAGUGUUGUUUGCCAACGAGAAGUACAAGUCAGCUUUACAAGAACUUGAAGAAUUGAAGCAGAUUGUUCCCAAAGAGUCUCUUGUUUACUUUUUAAUAGGAAAGGUUUAUAAAAAACUGGGGCAGACCCACUUGGCCCUCAUGAAUUUCUCCUGGGCCAUGGACUUGGAUCCCAAAGGAGCCAACAACCAGAUCAAAGAGGCCAUCGACAAGCGUUACCUUCCUGAUGAUGAGGAGCCCAUCACUCGAGAGGAGCAGAUCAGUGAAUGUUACCCCUAUGAAUCAGUUGGCACGGACGAGUCCCAGGAGAGCAGCAUGACGGACGCCGAUGACACGCAGCUCCACGCGGUGGAAAGCGACGAAUUUUAACCUCCAAGAGCCACUGUCUGAGCCUUGAGUGUGUGUGACUGGUACUGUCGUGUCCUCCCCUUCCUUCCCACUCUGGGUGUUCACCUCUCUGAGCCAGCGCUGUCGUCGAUCUCCACUGACACCCCACGAGUGGCACCUCGGAGCUGAGCUGUGCCAGAGUUCAUGGCAGUGCAAUAUCCAGCUGCUGCUGCUGAGUCUGACUAGGUUGGCUCUCACACAUUUAUGAAAGUGACUGACUGAGGAAGAAGAAAUGCUGGUUUUUGGACUCCCCUUUGCUGGAAAAAAAACAAACAAACAAAAAAAACCCAAUAUCAUGGAAGACAGACUUGUGGUUUGCUGUAUGGAAGGCGGUAGAUGUGGGGAUAGUACUAAUGACGAGGUGUCUUGUUCUUUUUUCCCAGAGAAAUGUGUCUUAGUUUGGGUCUUUCUUGGUAAGCAGAGUGCUGAACCUCAUUUCCGAGUUCUCCAAGGACAGUGGUGACAAAACAGGACUCUUGCCUAUUGUAGUGUAACUGAAAUGCCAGGGAGUGACGGUGACCUCAAAGCUGCGGCGUCUCCAGCGAGCCAACCCAGGACUGGGAGCGAAUCCCACCACAGAACAACACCCCAGAGUGCAGGCUGCAGGAGAGAACCUCCCAGUGCAGGAUCAGAGCUUUCCUCAGCUGCUUUCAUGUCCUAACCAUGAAUUAAUUUAUUGGCCCCGGGCUCGGGAAGGGUCAGUGUUUUACUCUGCCCUCGAGUCAGCACCACCUCGCUUCGUUUCUCCUGCACCCCUCGACUUGUUCUUCCCCUCUUUAGAGUAACAAAAAUUUAAUAAAGGGCAAAAUCAAGAGACAAACGAGGUACAAGUGUAAUGUGACAGCGUGGAACCCUUCAUCCUGAGAGAGGGGGAAGACUGUGGAAGCCUUAAUGCAAUCAGAACCUUGGUCAAACACAUCAGAUCCCUGCCUCGGGUUGGUGUCUCAUUAGAGCUGUGAUCACUUGGAAAACUGUUUUGUAGAGCAUGGUCCAAGCAGGAUGCAACAAUGUGCAAUUAUCUGUCUUUUUUUCCUUAUUUUUUUUCUUUUUUUUUUUUUUUUUUUAAGUUGUUCUUUCAGUUUCUCACUCCAGGAACACUUUCCUUUCCUCCAGGGGGCCGUUCCUGUGAGGAGGAAGCUGCACCACUGUUAGCAAGUCCAAACUGCUCUCUGUAGCCCUUCUGCAGCAGCAAUUGGUGCCCUUUGUGCAGUGAUGAUAAAGAAAGUGUAUGAUAUCAGCAGUUUUAAAGAGCAAUUUAUGCCUAAUAAAUUGGGAAUGAUACAAAUUUCAUAGCAAUGUAUUCGUUGUGAUCGGUCUUAAUUAUUUUUUUUUAAAUCUAUUAAUUUUUAGGGGUCUCUUAGUUACCUUUACACUUCAGUUUCUUUUAAGUUCUCCUUGUACAUGAGGUACAAUUUCUGAGCAGAGAGGAGCUGGGCCAGAAGCCACGUGGGCACCUUUAUCCUUGGAAAAAUCAGCCCCCAAGUUGCGAGCAAAAAUUAGGAAUUCUCUGGUUCCUUGGUGGUUUGUUGAGGUAGGAGGACGAGCAAUGGAAAACAGGCUCCAACUGCGCUCCCAGCAUGACAAGGAACCUCCAAAACCUGAGCAACAAGAAGAUAUUAAAGGUGCUUUGUGCCUCUGCCCCAUCCUCGAGCUCAGCUGGGGCUGGAACGUGGAUGGAUUGAUGGGAAAAUCACGGCCCGUUGUGGCUGGAUUGAGUAUUCCAGAACUCCCCCCUGUUCCUGUGGCUGCAGCUGCUGGUGGGGGAUUCCCCCCUUUCCUCCAGAGGCCCAGUUUUCCAGGGAGCUGCUGUGUGCCCGUGGCACAGCUCCCAACUUCCCUGGGUCUCCGUGUGCUUUUCCCACCCGGCCGCAGCUUCCCGGCACAUCCCGGGCAUGGACGAGUCCAGGCAGCACCUCCUAACAAAGUCUGCAGGCAGCACUUAUGGAAUGCCAUUAAUUAAUGUGUUAAUUGGCUUCCUUUUGGUUCCCAAAGCAGGAGGAAGCAGGUGCUGUUCCCUUGUGACAAGUGGUGGUGUUAAGUUGGGCACCAGAGAUCCAGGAAUCCAAAGGGCUUUUUCCACUUUGCUCCUGUUCCCUAAAAAAAUGAAACUUUCAACCCUCUGGAAAAUCUCCUAAUUCAGCUGGGAUCUGACAGGAUAUUCAUGUUACCUGGAAGAUUUACUACAUAAAACCAUCCCUGGCUUUACAUGUACAUCCAUACCUGGAAGGGAUAAUUUCCUUUUUUUUUUCUCCCUAAGAAUCCCAAGUCACAUUUAGCCCUUCUAAGGAGAAACACAGCAUGAGAAUGGAGUGACUAAAAUUUGGCUCUUGGAGGAGGGACAGGGACGAAGAGGCACUGGCAGCCAGGUGAGAGCAACUGUCCAUGGAAAAGAAUUAGGGAACUUGUCAUUUUCUUACAACAAAACUAUGGAAAAAUGCAAAGUGUGGGUGUGGUGUUACUAUUUGCAUUGAAACAAUGUAAUUUGUCUCUUUUUUUUCUUUUGUUUUUUCUUCUUUUUUUGGCUUUUCUUGACUUUUUAUUUCAAAAAAGUUGUACAGUCUUGGGGCGGGGGGGAAAAAAGGAAAACAAACAAAGUCUUUUCUGUUAAUAUAUUUGCGAUUCAUUCAAGGAUGUGGAAAAAUCCAAAUAAACUACUUUUAAAAGCA